AUGUAUUGGGUUCGGAAAUACCUCUACUUCCUCUUUAAGCCUUUCAAUAUGGCGGCCACGCAAGGUAGCAAGAAAAGGAAGUUCGUAGCAGAUGGUGUGUUCAAGGCAGAACUGAACAACUUCCUUACACGAGAACUUGCUGAAGAUGGUUACAGCGGGGUUGAAGUACGCGUCACACCAACCCGUACAGAAAUUAUUAUUUUAGCCACAAGAACCCAGAAUGUCCUCGGAGAGAAGGGACGCAGGAUCAGGGAACUUACAUCUGUUGUACAGAAACGAUUCAGCUUCCCAGAGGGAACAGUUGAACUGUAUGCAGAGAAAGUUGCCCAGAGAGGUCUUUGUGCCAUCGCUCAGUGUGAGUCCCUUAGAUACAAACUUAUUGGUGGACUGGCAGUCAGGAGGGCAUGCUAUGGUGUGUUGAGAUUUAUCAUGGAGAGUGGCGCCAAGGGAUGCGAAGUUGUUGUGUCCGGCAAGCUGAGAGGUCAGAGGGCUAAAUCCAUGAAAUUUGUGGAUGGCCUUAUGAUCCACAGUGGAGAGCCCAUUAAUGAUUAUGUAGACACCGCCGUCAGACACGUACUCCUCAGGCAGGGUGUAUUGGGAAUUAAAGUAAAGAUUAUGUUACCAUGGGAUCCUAGUGGUAAGAUUGGCCCCAAGAAACCUCUGCCAGAUCAUGUAAACAUUGUGGAGCCAAAGGAAGAACAGUUACCAGCACAGCCCUACAGUGAACAGAAGGGAACAGCCAAGCCUGGAGCCCCAGAACCAGCACAAACACCACAAGCAUAAGGGUCCCCUCAUCACAGUUUGAUGCUAUCUAAGUAUUUGUGAUGGACUUCAUGUAAAAUAAACAUGUGAAGAAAA